UGAGGCACAUUCUAUGUCAAAUCAGUUACUCUCACGCUCGUGACCCAUCUAGACUAUUUUCUUCCCUCUUAUCCGGAUCAUCCCCUUCCUACUCUUACAGGUCAUCCUCUCCUAGCCCAUCUGGAUCCUCGAAACAAUGACGGAGUCACAUUUGGAUGACAUGGAAGCAGAGGUGUUCGAACUACCAACAAACAUCACUACAAUUCCUCAAACACCAGUUCAGAGCUACAUUCAGGAGACGCUAGCAGCAAUUCUGGAUGAAAUGUCCUCCCCUGAGGGCCAACCUUCCAUUACCCUCAAACAGAGAGGGAAAAAGUUCGCCUCAUUAUUCAUCAACCCACAAACACAGGCCCUGGAGACCUCGGAGAUGCAGACAUACACCACCUACAGAUGGCCCGGCAGAGAUGGGAACGAAGCCUGGAGAUUCACCGUGGCUUUACGAGUCCUCGCAGCCAUUGCAGAGGCAGUUCAGGAGGGGUUGGUUAUUUCCAAGAGAGACAUAUAUUACAGCGAUCCGGCCUGUUUUGGUACUCAGAGAACCGUCGAUGCCCUCGUUGAUGACUUGGCGCACACAAUGGGGGUGGAUCGUACUGCUUUAUAUGUGGAUACUCUAGUACCUAGAACGCAAGACAUCCACAAAAUCGAUCUCGCAGAUGUUGCGUGGGCCGUAUAUCGUCGACUCGCAAGCAGCAACUACCACAUCAGAUCUGCAGCAGGAAAGGGCAUCCUCGUCACCGGAAAAGGGUAUCCCGACCUCAACACUCGGGCAUUCGUCCGAAAGCUCUUCGACCACAGCCGCCAACUCACCAAACGACCGCAGUUCUACGCCUUAGUAGACGGCGACCCAGACGGAAUGGCCAUCAUGGCCACAUACAAGUACGGUUCUGUGGCUUUUGCCCACGAAAACCGGAACUUGAAUGUCCCAGGUCUCCACUGGCUGGGGCUGAGAGUAACGGAUGUGGUUGCAGGAGCUGAUCCGCUAGGCGAUAAUAUGCUAAUCCGUCUCACAAAGAGAGAUAGGAAGAAGGUCGUCGCUAUGCUGUCCAGGAAUCCUAUCUGGGCGGCCAAUGGCCCGGAGCCGGAAUGGCGAGUCGAGCUGCAGCAGAUGCUCAUGCUGAAUGUCAAGGCAGAGACGGAGAUUUUAUAUGACAUGGAGGGAGGGUUGACCCGAUGGUUGGAUCGGAAGCUGUGUAGUAGGUAG